UUAAUUAAAAGGGGGCGGAGUUCAAAGCGUCCGCCAUCAUCCCCACAUCAGCACUGACACGUCACGCGGCUCUUACGUCACAGGAGCACGCGGCGGGUGCAGGAGGACAGGGAACACACACACACACACACAUGCACACACGCAUGCACGCACACACAGCUCAGGGUAUCCCGCCGCCGCUCCUCCCGCACGAGACGCUCGCGGUGCCGGACUGAUGUGGAUCGAUCCGCACGAGCUUGGAGCGAAAUCCUGACGGAAACCAUGGCAACGGAUUUUCAUCAUGAAGCGUGUGACGCAUCAGAUCUUCGUUAGGUCUGCAGCUCCCUGCUGAAUCAUGUCUUCCUCUUCCUCUUCCUCAUCCACAUCCUCGGAGCUGCCCUACUUUUGUCCUCGAUGUGGCGACAAGUUUCGGUUCUUGUCUGUACCUGAGCUCCGGGCUCACCUGGUCAGCCAACACACAUAUGAGACCCUGCUGUUGCUGUCUCAGGCUCGGGUCAGAAGCUCCAGACCUGGUGUUCUCCUCCCACUCCCCGGCCCUGCUGUAGCCCAAAGACAGAGCUUUUCUCUGGGUAUGGAAGCCCACAGCAUGCCCCUGCAGCUGGCCUGCCUGGAUCUGGCCUCGUCUUCCGCCUCCAUCAAACUGCUGAGGGAAAUGUUCGGCUCCUCAGAGCUCGCUCCUCCUGCCACCUCCACAGGAUGUCCAGACGACCCCUCCACCGCUCUGGCCUUGCCCGGCACUCUGGAGCCUUUUCAUGGGAAGGAACUAGGCGAGGUCCUGGAGUUUGGGCUGUCGGUAGGGAUUGGGCUGGAGGAGCGACUGGGACUGGGGCUGGACCGUAAAAUUGCCCAGAUAUUCGUGGAGGUGGAGGAGAGGGUGAACCGCCGCAUGGGCCGACUGAAGGUGGCGCUACAGACGAGAGAGGUGGAGCUAGAGAGGGAGAGGUGGGAAGGGGAACGACUGAGGAGUGAAAAACAGGAAGUGGAGGAGAGGGCGGCAUACUUAUCCAGACAGGUCUCGGCUGCCAUGGAGAUGACGGAGCGAAUAAAGAAAGAUCUGCAGGGAAAAGAGAAGGAGCUGAAUAAACAACAACAGGAGAUGGUCGACAUCGAACGUUUUCUGAGAGAGACGGCAGCGAAAGAAGCAGAGGCCAAAACCAGACUGCAGAUGUUCAUCGAGACGUUGCUGGAACGAGCCGACCAUGCAGAGAGACAGUUAAUGCAGCUCAGCUCACACACGCAUCACAAUCGCUACACGCACCACAACGACAAAUACACACACGCAGAUGUGUACGCCGACCCGUACACACUCACAGGGGUUUACGCACCUGUACCUGGCCGACGAGGACGCAGCCUGGAUGGCAGCACUGACGACAUCAUGCCAGACAAGAUGCAGGAAACCAUCGGCAACCGGAGGAGUUACAGUGUGUCGGGCUCCUGCAGACUUGAUGAGCAGCUUCACAGCCUCCCUCACUACAGCAGUCGUCUGUCGGGGGGGAUGUGGACCUCGUCGCUGGGUUUGGGGGGGUGGGACUGUGAGGGAGGGUUGGUCCAGCUCCCACCACAUCACUACCCCCCGCCCUGGAACCGACGAGAGAGAGGAGGAGGAGACGGGAGAAGAGAGAGAUUCUGCUACAGGAGUUCUUCAGAUCCUCUCUGCCAGGAGGUUCUCUGGGCCCUGGGUGCCGGCUGCAGGAACAUCAGCAGCCUGCAGGUGGCGCCUGCUGAGCCCUGCCAACAACCGACCCGAUUUGGAAAUCGCUGCCUGCAGACGAUUGGUCGAUGCUGGCCGCACCUCUGCUCACUCAGUGUGGGCGGGGCCAGCUGUGGGACUCAGGGAUUGGUUGCUGUUGUGCGAACCUGCGCUCACCUGCAGGUGCUGGAGCUGCAGUGCAUUACCGACCUCGGCCUGCAGGCGGCAACAGAGCUGUGUGAGGCCGGACUGAAGAGUCUGCAGACGCUGAUCCUGACACACACACCUGUCAGUGGUCAGGCCAUCCUGCACUUCCACAGUGUGUGUGAUAACCUCAGGUCCAUCGUGGUCGAGGUCUCAGCAUUAGAUUACUUCGACGAGCCGGACACUGAGGAAGCUCGACACCUGUUUGGAGAAAUUCUCAGCACAUUAAAAGUUCUACAGCAGCGUCCUGGACUGUGUGAGGUCCUGCAGGUUAAAGCUGAAGGAUUCUGCUGACCUCAAAACACACACACACACACACACACACACACACACACACUUUGUUCUUGUAUACCUGUAAGGACCUUUCAAUCCACAAACUAAAGCAGAUGAGACACAUCAUAGCUGAAAAUGACAAUAAACAUCUUAAUAAAUUAAACUGCAGAUGAUUCAUUCAUUUUGAAAUAGUGGAAAUUAUUCCUCAGAAGGUGAAAUUUAAUUGUUUAGCCUUCUGUUUCAGAAACCAUAUUUUAUUGGAUUAUUACAGUAAAAUGAACAUUUGAGAGGCUAGAAAUUCUUUUGUCAUUUUUGCUUAAAAAAUAAUCUACUGAUAAUCAAAUUAGUAGCAGAUCAAUUUUCUGAUCCAUCAAUAUGUUAAUUAUCAGCUCUAAUUACCAGUAAGUGGUCGUUCCGUUACAAUGAUUCUGAUCCAACUAAACACUGAUCUGUCUAAAGCCCUUGAAGAAACACAACAUUUUAAUUCCUCUUAAAUGUGUCACAAACACUUUUUUUCAGAACACUUGUCUUUAUUGCACUUUUUAAACAAGAUCUGAUCUUAAACCCUUAAUCUCCCUGAACAAAACCCUUUACCUAAACAGUUUUACUCAUUUAAUACAAUUCUUAACCUCUUAGUUUUACGUAUGUACCCUUUAAAACGACAGUAGCAGCAAUAAGGAUUUAAAUAAAUCCUUAUUCCACCUUAAGUGUAGUGUAGUCACAGAAAACCUUUAAUCUUACUUAUUAUUAAAAUAAAAUAAGUCAAUUGUAAUAAAAAAAUCAAAAACUUUUCCUUUAAAAAUAAGCACAAAACACAAGUACGCACAAAUAUUUUUGCACAAAGUACAAAAUGAAUGCGCCAAAGACAUCAAUCAAUCAAUCAUUCAUUCAGAGCUGAUGUAAAAGUGAAUCAAUCAUCAUGUGUUUAGAACCUCCAUCUGUCAUAUCAUCAUCAAUAAACAUUUUCUCUGCAAAACGUUUGUGUUGUUAAUUAAUGCUCGACUGGUAGAACCAACAGAGGGCGCUGUUGUUGUUUUCAUCAAACAAAGUGAUUGGCAAUCGGGAGGAACGGAACCGGGCCGGAAGAACACGACGACGUUGAAAUGUCUGAAACUGCAGUUUCUCUAAUGUCCACCAGAUGGAAAUAACCCUAAUUCAGAACUUUGUGACUCCGCCCCCUCCAUGUUUCAGGAAGUGACUUGACCAGCUUCGCUUUUUGUGAUAGAAUCAUCUGAGCGAAGGUCGAGUGCAAAGUUCGUCCUGGGAAGUGCGUGUGUGUUUGUCCUGUGCCUGAGGGAGUGAGAGAGAGAUCGACCUUUAACCCCAACAAGAGACAGAGAGAGGGUGAGUGAGAGAAUGUGACGACCAGCGACGGCUCAAAACCUGUGUUUGUUUUAACUUGUGUGUGCGCAGAGGGAACUUGGGUAUUUUUGGUCGCCAUGGUUAUCCUCAGACGGACGACACUGCUUCGUUACCUGCUGCUGGCAGCCAUGUUGGCUCUGUUCCUCUUUGCCAGCUCCUUGUGGC